UCGGCAUAUCUUGUAUACUGCUUAUGCGGAAGUUGGGGAGCAUGGAUUGCAAGAAAGUGGCGAGAGCAAGAGGAGGAGGAGGAAGAUCGUUGUUACGGUUAGUCAUGAGGAUAAGUAUGUGGUGGCGAGGAAUGUGUUGGUGUUGAGUCUUAUUAUGGGGGUGGAUUUGGAUGGUGCUGAGGCGGGAGGAAAUGGGGAGGGGGGUGUUGAUAUGGAGGCGGAAAAGGAUGCGAAAGAAAAGGCUGCAAAGGAAAAGCUCGCCAGGAUAUGGGACAUUUACUACACCCGAUUCCUUCCAGAUCCCGAAACACGCAACUUACUAGCUUCCCAAGCGGAAAAGUUAUGUCAGGUAGCCAAGACGAUGGAGGACUGGGAGCAAGGACCAUACGGUGGAACGAUACACUUGGUCAACCAAAAGAGCUUGGGCGCGGUGAGAGGUGUUUGGGAACAAUACGCCGAAGCAGCAAGGUCAGCACUCGAUACAGAGAAGGUUGGAGAACUUCAUUCAGCUCUUGUCGAGGGGAUGCGGUCAUCGCCCGACGAGCAGCGCCAGAGGUGGGCCUUAGGCUCGUCGGCAGCGCCGUUGACUGUGCUCUUGAAGGAUCAGAUCCGGUUCUACGUUCAGGUGGCGUGGGAGUUUGACCAGAACAUAGCCAACGCAAUGAUGCUGUUUCCCAACCCUACGUUUGCCGCUGGUUUGUUAUCCGAACCGGAUUCCGAGUCCGAGUCCGAAUCGCAAUCCCCGGGCAGCCAUCGUCGUCUCGCUUACCCCUCCAAUGGUGUGCUGGGGUACCAUCUCGCGCUGAUCAAGGCUCCCCUCACCGAGCUCUCCCCGCUGCGCAUUGACAGAGACGGCAACGACUUCAACGACGGCAUUGACGAGGACCCCAAUGGACACAUGACAGCCCUCCGCGUAGCGAAGCACCAAUUCACUCAAUGGUCUCUUGCCUUCCGGGAGCUGGCGGCCGCGGAGCAAAAGAGACUGACGAUUCGGUUCGCGGUAGACGGCUGGUUCCCUCUUUGCCAGUCACUCCUUCACCCACCAGCAGCGGCGACGACCAAAAAACAAUUCGACAUAAUCGACACUACCGACCUCUCUUCGCUUUGGGACCCCUCUGCAGCUGGUGUUCCCGACCCGCCUGGCCUUCUUGGGCUGCUGGUAGCCGCCAAACGAUUGCUUAAAGACCGCGCUUCUUCGACGAUGGUUCUGAACGACGGGAACGGGCUUUCGCUAGUUGUUGAUAAUCUUAACGGCGAUGGUAACAUGGACUCUAAUAAUUCUAGUUCUGCCCAAGCUGAGGCUUCAAGUUUCGCCAACAACACGACCGGCGCGUUCAUUCUAGGUAUGGCACCGGUGGAAUAUUGGAGUAAUGCAAGUGUUAAGGCGACGGUGGAUGAGUGUCUUUUGGCCGCGAGUAGUCUGUAUGAUGAGGAUCGUGAACAACUUCAAGGGCUUGAUAAGGACAAGGAAGCUAUGGCUGCGGCUGCGGCUGCGGCUGCUAGGGUGAAGAAGUUGGAGGAACAGGGACUGCACAUCAGUAAUCGGCUGUUUAGGAAACAUUCUAGGUGGCUCGCUCCUGGGCAGCAGCACGGCGGAAAAUGGAGGAAGUCACCGGCCGUCAAGGUCGAUGCAAAGGAGCUGGCGGAGGCGGCGUGGAGGGUUUAUAAGGAUUCGGUGAUUUACCAGAUCGAGGGUCAGCGGGUGGUGCAUGAGGGGCAAGAGUUGAUUAAGAUAACCUGGGGUAAAGGUCUGUGGCAGACCUUUAUGGACUUUAUCGGCGUGGUUGGUGGCCAGUUUGAGACGGAUAGGGAGGAGUUCCGGCGAGUUAUCAUGGAAAAGAUCGGCGGUAAUGUCGUGCAGGAUGCCUUGUUGAAAAGGGUGUUGGAGGAGGUGGUGCCUGAGUCGACGACGGCAACUGAGGCGGAAGCGGAUGGCUGCCCGGUGUUUACUGCCAGCUUCGACGUCACUUCGGGUACUCUCACGACCAUCACCGGCCAUCUGGAUUUCAUUACGGAAGAGGAAAAGCAACUACUGGCAGAUAAGACUGUGCCCAUCAGUCUUCGACAGUCUUCUCCGUGGGCUAUCGAUAUUGUCUUGGGUGCCGGGACACUCGUCAAACCACUCGUCUUCCCGACUCCCGUCCUUAAAGAAGGCAGCAAAACUCGCAUCGCUCGCAAAUCAGGGUACAUUGAAGUGAUCGCGCCCGCGAUCCUUAACCCUCUCGCUGCAAAAGUGCUAGACGAGUACAUUUUUCCUACGGUCCUUCAAACCGCCGACUCAUCGUCAGAGACAAGCCAGCUCGUCCCCACCCCACUCAACGCCCCCACGGUAAACCUCGACUCGCUCCCCAUCCUUUCCAUCUCCGACACCUCUCGACUCUCGUUUCUCGGGCCCUUAGCUUCCUCUAUGUACUCGCCCCGCGAACUCCGCGAGCGUCAAGCCGCUUUUGAAAAGGGUCUGCCUGAAACCAGCUGGGACUCGGCAAGACUGAACCUCAAGGAAUCUCUCCACACCAUGAUCAAUAUCGCUGCCGGCCUACAAGUGGGACAGUCCGGUCUUUUUGCCCUCUGUCCCGUUUCCGGGUCUGGGUCCAGUUCAUCGUCAUCGGAUGGUAGGCACAUCCUCAUCCUCGUUUCCGCGAUCCGACUCGAUUGCAGCGCUCAGUCUGGUGGCGGGAUAGUUAUCGACGCAGCCGUGCUGCCGCUUACUCACUCUCUGCUUGCCAAAAAGAACAACAACAAGAACACCGACGACGAUGAAGACCUCCAAUCCUUCCUCGUCCUCCUCCGUACCCUCGACUGCGUCGACCUCUCCGUCACCGACGCCGAGCUCGCCCUCUGGAAAUCCAUCCUCCCUUCUUUUGCGGAGCGCUGCCGUACCUGGUCCCAUUCUCCCUCGUCAUGCGAAUACGCCACCACCGGCCAGGUUCCCUUGAGCCUCAAAAAUGGCGACCCCGUCCUCUGUACCUGCGGCACCGGCCAUUUCCCACCCAACUACCUCUCCUUACCCCUCUGGGAGUCCGCCGCCGCGCCGCACGCCACGCGCGUGGCUAUUUCCGCUCCGUAUUGCUCACCUGUCGUGGAAAAGGUGGUGUUUGAUCCGGUUUUGGCGAAAAAGAUUGCCGAGCGCGGGCUGGAGGAGGCACUUCGGAAAAAGGAGGAGAGGUGUAGGUCCUGUGGAAAGGGGGAGGAAGAGCUGGUGGAGGAACGAAAAGCAAAAGGGGGGGAGACGGCGGGCAAAACGGCCGAGGUGUUGAGGAAGUGUGCGAGGUGCUUGAAGGUCAAGUAUUGUAGCGCCGAGUGUCAAAGGAGGGAUUGGAAGACGCAUCGGACGGAGUGUGUGGAAAGUGAGGAGCAUCAUAGGCAGGCUUAGGCCUGGGCCAUCAGGGUGACCAGUUGAACUUGUGCUUAUUCAUUAAUUCGUUCUUGAACUUAUCGGUCCAACAUCCAUGCAGCUUCAGUACUUUAGCUUGAUAGCUCCAACAAACGAAGUUGUGUCUUCCGUUUGCUGAUUUAUUGCUCUUGUCUGUUUUUUUCGACUGAAUUUUUCCAAACUGAUCUCGAGAUGCUGCUUCGUCAAUGUAAAUAGUACAGGAC